ACUGUUGACUUUGACGCAUUACCGAGUUGAAGUUUUCGCUGCAUGAAUACCAAACAAGAUUUUACUUCUUAAGUGGACUAUAUUUGGACAAUUCACAAACAGAAGAACAGAAGACUUAAUUAUUGUUUUCACUUCAUAGCCAACAAUCACAUAAAUUAAACUAUAUUUCGUUUGGCUACUUUAUUGGUAUUUGUGAACAAAAAAAUGGAUAGAAACUCAUCCUAUUCAAAGGAUGACUAUUACUUAGAUCUCCUCCAUAGCAAGGAGACAAUAAUUCGUCUAGUCUAUUUAAUCAUUGUAUCCGUUGGAGCUGUUUCAGGGAAUAUGCUGGUCUUUGUUGCCAUUCUGAAGUUCCGGUCUUUAAGACGCGCCACCAACGUCAUGUUAGGAUCUCUUGCGUUCGCAGACUUUUUGGUCGGCACGGUCACCGUGCCCUUGUACAUCCUGUGGAUGACCAGUCCAGGCAUAUUCGACUCGUCCAUGUUCAUGUGUGGCCUGGUCCUUCUCAGCUGCCUCCUAGUGGUCACCGCGUCUCAAAUAAGCCUGCUCAUUAUGUCGGUGGAGCAGUACUUCGCCGUCUGCCACCCGUUCCUCCACCGCAAUACGCUUAUCCACCACAAUCGUCUUCACACAGCCGCCGUCACAUCUACCUGGGUGGUCAGCUUCCUGACCACAGCGCUGUCCUUCCUGGCGUUUAACACCAAGGCCGUAGCUUGCAGCUACUACGGCGUUUUUGACAAGACGUUCCUUUUCAUCGCAUCCAUCUUCGGAGUUAUCUGCCCGUUCGUUGUGAUCAUAUCCCUCAACAUUAAAGUGGUUUGCGCGGUGAAGGCCCACGACAAACGCAGACAGUCUCUUCUGAGUGGCGCUUCUAACCGAACAAGAGCGUUCUCCACUUCCUCUUUCAUCAGCUCAAAAUUGGAUGAAUCUUUGGAUUCCCGGAAAGAGAACGAUUCCAUAGGCUCUACAACUAUCUUCGAAACUGAAGAUCGCGGUCCAAGAAAUACCAGUUCAUCUCAAAAGCUUGAAAAUAAAGACCCUCUGUUACGACAGUUCGUGAGAUCGUUUUUCAAGUACAAUAAAAUAAAACGCAGAAAAAAUACGUACUGUGUGUCCAGCUCCGACCAACGCUUAUCACGUGAUCUGUUUAGGCGAGGGCAGGAAAUAUUUUUUGUAGAGACCAGAGCCAACGCGUACAUAGACAAUACAACCCCAUUGACGCUGCGCUUGGAUAGUAGUUCAGAUCUUGUACACAUAAGUCAGGAGAAAGUGGAUUUGAAUAUAUGUGUCACAGCAGCCCACAAAGGGGACAGACCCUAUAAAACACAUGAAGCCAAAGAUGAUAAUACGGAUAAUGAAAACAGAAACAACAUGGGCCUUGAGUUCACAACAACACAAAAAGAAAUUUCUUGCCAAAUUCCUAAGGACACAAACCUUAAAGACAAUAUUGAUCUUAAAAAGCGCAAAAAUAGAUUUUUAACGAAAAAACAUCUUUCAUCGGAUUCUGAAAGCAAUAUGACACAUUAUGUGACAAAUAACAACAUUAAUUGUGAACCAGUCGACACUUUUAGAGAUAGGCGUAGAUCUCGAAGACUGAGUUUCGACCCUCAGAUAUUAAAUAAUUCUGAUAACAAUUUUGGAAAAUUCUGUUCCACUCCAAGAGGGAAUAAUAGUCGUGACGAUAAAGGCAUGGCCGUAAAAUCCACACAGAUUUAUCAAAGUAGAUCGGAUGAUAUUAUGCCCAGUUUUAACCAAGGAUCUCGCAAAAGAGACUCUGGGUUAGGGCGGGAAAUAUCAACAGGAAGCAGUGUCAGCAGACGCGUCGCCAACAUGGUGGCGCUGGUGUGUGCUUCUUUUAUCGUGGCCUGGUGUCCAUUCUUUGUUGUGGUACUGAUGAAUAACUUCUGCGGAGACUGUGAUUUGGCCUACUUCCUGAACGCUGUGAUCAUUGUAGCGUUCACAAAGUCUGCCACCAACCCUCUGGUAUACGCCUUGUGCCAUGUAGCGUUUCGAAGAGCUUACAGAAAACUCCUGACAUCUUUGUGCAUGAUGAAAACGCCUGGUAGACUAACAAGUCGACAUUCGUAAAGGAUAAUGCUAUGAUUUUUCGAUUCCGAAGGUUAACUACAAAUGCAUUUGCAACCUAAAUAUUUUGCCACAUUUGAAACAGACAAAUGCGUUGUCCACCGGAAGUGUUUUUUAAAUUUUGUUUUCGUCUUCUGCGCCUGUCUUUGGCAAGAGAUGGCUUCCUGGUUGUGUGGUAUUAGCUCUUGGCUGUCUUCUCGAUGUUCCCGGGUUCGAACCUUGCCCAUCGCCGUCACCAGUCAUCCUGUGGGAGGAUUAGGCUAGGAUGUUAUAAUCUUCAAAUGAGAAGGAACGGUGAAAACAGGCAAAACAAACUUGCAUCUGACUUUUAAGAAAGUAGAACAUAACGCCAUGAAGGUGGUGUGGCUGAGAGAUUAAGCACUUGGAUUCCUAGCCAAAUGGGCCCGAGUUCAAAAUGUGGUGAAGACUAGAAUUUUUUAAUUUCCGGAUCUUUAUGUCGCCUCUUGAGUCCACGCAGUUCUAAGCUCUAAUAAGGGCCUGACAUUAGUUGGGGAAAAGUAAAUGCUGUUGGACGUUGUACUGGCCACAUGGUACUCUCGUUAAACGUAGGACACGGAAACAGAUGACCUUUAGACUAUCUGCCCUAGUUCUUCAAACAGCACUAUUAGUAACACUAAAGUAAAGGUCAAGAAGGCUACAUCUAGCUGUACGGAAUGGAUCUAUUACAUAGACAUUAUUCAUCACCGUAUCUUUAUCAACAAGUUCAGACUUCGUUUACUAUGAAUGCACAAGGUAGAUGGUUUUUAUAAUAGAGCGUCAGUCAUUUACACAUAACAUUCUGUGAACAGACAUAAAGCUGAACAUGGAAAAACUUCAAACAUAGGAAAUUAAAAUAAAAGUUUUAAUUGUUG